AGAUCGCCCAUGUAUUAUAGUCGCUUUCUGAAAUCAUUGAAUUUUUAAAAAAAAAAAAUACACGCAUUUAUCUUGUAUAGAAUUCGAAGAAAAUGAAGAGCUUUUCCGUAAUCGCCGUGCCAAUCAUUUUGGCUUUUUUAGCGAUCAACACGUCUGCGAACGAUCCGUUCUUCGGACAAAACAGCUGUGACGUUAAGUAUAACCUGCACGAAAAAUUAGCUUCGGUGAUUAAUGACGAAGUAGGCAUAGAUUUGGUCAAUGAAUUGCGACAGCACGUAAAGAAUGUCUGCUUGGACCCAAAGGCCCACAAUGCAAUCGUUUCGCUAGCUGACGGGAUCAUCGACGUGACGACCAACACUAAUGUCUCACAAACUCUGGGAAAUGUAUUCUACUGGGCCAGGAAGAUCAUGAAGGAUCCUAACUUCCGUUCUGUUUGGCACGAGUCUAUGAAAGGUGUGAACAUGUGCUUUGAUAAUAUCGACGUCACUAACCAGAUAACAGAAACGUUAUUAAACAAUUUAACUUUGUUGUUGAACCAUCCCAAAUUCGACACCACAUUCGAAGCGGUGAUCAAAAAUCUGUCCAAGGUGAUCAACUUCCGCCAGAACAUCAUGUCCAGAGCUGCAGGUUUGCUUUCCAAACCAUCGAUGAGACGGUCUAACUCCCGAAACGGCAGGCAAUAAUUGCAAUAGAAUUGUGUCCGCUACAACGAAAAAAUGCAAAUUUAAAAAUAAUAGCGAAACAAGAACAUAAACAUAAGAGUAAAAUAAAAAUAAAAAAUAACAUUUUUAAAUGUUUUCCGUUUAUCCUAAGACAAACAAUUAAUUGUACGUUUGUUCGGGUUAUUUGUAACUAUUAUUGUAUAUAAAAAUUAAAUACAAUAUCCAUUUACUGUCAAAUGACUGUAAUACGAAUGAUAUUAUAAGGCAAUAAAUUACAGUUGAAUUUCUCGUUAA